AUGCCCUCCCUCUCCUCUCUAUCCGACCCUAAAGCCUACCACAUCCUAACCUACGGCACGCUCCUCGGUAGCAAUCUAUUCCAGACCUUCCUCGCGGGUCCUCUCGCCUUCAAAGCUCUCCCUCGCCCCCAGUUCAGCACUCUCCAGCAAGCCAUCUUCCCGCCCUACUUUGGCUUCCAGACCGUACUACCCCUCGUCCUCGCAUUCACAUGGCCUGGUGAGAAGAUCAUCAAGGCUGGAGGUCUAGAAGCUAGGGACCACGCGGGAUGGAUCGGGUUACUGGAGGAGCAGAAUCGAUGGAUCGCGCUUGUGCCCAUUGCGACCAUGUUCCUGACGAGCUUGGCGAAUCUUCUGGUAUUGGGACCGGCUACGACGAAGGUUAUGAAGGAGAGGAAACAUCAAGAAACGCGAGACGGGAAGAAAUACUAUGAUCCUGGCCCGAAGACACCGGAGAUGCAGCGAUUGAACUCGUCGUUUGCUAAGCUGCAUGGCAUGUCUUCGCUGGCGAAUGUCGUCGGACUUGGGGCUAUGCUUGUGUAUGGUAUGGCACUUGCAGAGAAGUUAUGA